GACGUCGUAGAUUCCACGUUGGCCCGGACGUGGCAGUCGGCAGUAGUCUGUCCGUGUUGAAAUCAGAGGAACAGAUCAGUGUAUAACUAUUACACGUCGCUGCUGCUACUGUGGUUAAUACCAGUGUUUCUUUCAUAGAUUCAAACAUCAUCAGAUAGUUAUGGGGCUCACCGUCUCGACACUCUUCGAGCGGUUUUUCGGCAAAAAACAGAUGAGAAUUUUGAUGGUUGGGCUGGAUGCUGCCGGAAAAACAACUAUCUUGUACAAAUUGAAGCUUGGUGAAAUUGUGACCACCAUCCCAACCAUUGGUUUCAAUGUGGAGACAGUAGAAUAUAAAAAUAUCAGCUUCACCGUUUGGGAUGUGGGUGGCCAGGACAAGAUCAGACCCCUCUGGAGACAUUACUUCCAGAACACACAGGGCCUCAUCUUUGUGGUGGACAGCAAUGAUAGAGAAAGAGUGGCAGAGUCUGCAGAGGAGCUCGCAAAGAUGUUGUCGGAGGACGAGUUGAGAGAAGCAGUUUUGCUGGUGCUUGCUAACAAACAGGACCUUCCCAAUGCCUUGUCAGUCGGUGAACUUACAGACAAACUUGGCCUUAACACCCUUCGCAACAAAACUUGGAACAUUCAGACAACUUGCGCCCCCCAGGGUACUGGGCUAUAUGAAGGACUUGACUGGCUAUCCAAAGAGUUGUCAAAGAACUGAAGAAGGAUCGGCUGGACAGAUGAGAGAAAGAGAGAGACACACAUACUGAACACCACAGGACAGGAGAGAAAACACAGACAUUCAAUCCAGAAACAUUUGGUCUUCCAGCACCAAUGUUCACAAAAAGGACAAAGCUGGUGGAAAACAUAACAUUAUCUUUGGGAAAUUUUAAUAUUACUUUCUUUUUCUUUUAUUAUCAAUCAUAUUACCAUAUUAUCCUUUGACAUAGUCUCUAUUCUUCUUUUGUUCCCAAACUCUUAAAUGGCAACAAGUUGUAUUUACACAUUCAGUUGCAUGAUGAGCAAAUGUCAUAUUAGGGAAAUUUAAUUGAAGUAAUGGAACAAGUAAUGUGAGUUGUUAUUCCACUUGAAACUUUGGCUCCUGUGUCUAGGCACCAUUUUCAGUAAUUGACCACUUGUAUAAUUGUUGUUUGACUAACUUACAAUUUGUUGUUAAUCUCCUCAACCCCUCCCAGAUAUUUGAUGAUAUGCAGGCCUGAACCUUUGCUCUUCGCUGCUAUCUCAUGCCAAUUCGUUUCUGUAAAGACCUUUAACCUGUAGACUAAGAUGGAUGAGGAUGGUAGUUGUUUCACAGUUAGAUUUUGUUAGUAGUGCAACCACAUGGCCUCCCAGUAAAUGGAUCCAAAUAGCAACAUUGUGCCUUCUGGUCGCUCUUAACGGAACUCUGAGUUACUCUUUCCUUAUUUCAUUCUGAGUUCUUGCUCCCUCAUGAGAUGCUUUAGUGACUUGUUUGCUUUUGAACAAAAUAAUGCAAUAAGACACUUCCUUUUUGUUCUGCAAUGGCUGCGGAGGUGCAGCAGUACCACACCAAUGUGUUUAGAUUGCUUUGCAACUUGACUUCACUAUCAACCUGGAUUUCAUCAUGUUUACUCCUUUUUCUUUUAGCCAACAUAAAAAAGAUUUAAUUAACAUUUUUAGUUCAUGUGUUACAAUAACAGCAAAUCUUGUUUUACCCUAAAAGGAGGAAGGAAGCAUCUUUUUAGUGUUGACACAGUGGAGUAGCAUGUUUUUGUUAUUGUUUGAGUUUGUUGUACUGUCUGAAGGCAAAUACUGUUUUAUAUUCUUAACUAUUCUACCCCUCUUGAAACACAAACAUUGCUGCCCAUCAGUUUAUUUUUGUGUAUACAUUCCAACCUAGGCUUGCAGAUGCUUGAGCUGCUGCUCCUAAAAUUAUUCGCGAAAAAUAUUUUACAAAAAAAGCUCUGAAUAAAGACGAUGUUAAAAACAAA